CAGUCCAGCACAGCAGACAGCAGCAGCAGUAGUACUGGUUAGAAAUCUCUUUAAUCCCACGCAACUCAUCAGUCAUCACCUCACUGCCUCGCCACUCCUUCGCUCCACUUCUACUGCUAGCACUGGUAUCAGUAAGUUUGCUGUUCUUCUCCUCCAACUUGAGGAAUUUCUAGGGAGGAGUAUUUUGAAACCACCAUUCACUCUCUCAGAUUGUUUCCUUUGUUUUUGCCUUAACCCUUUUUUCUUUUCUUCGGGUUGUGUCGUUGGUUGGGUUUUCUUUCUCUUUGCUGAGGAUUUGAUUAUAGACUCUCUCUCUCUCUCACUGUUCUCCCCAAAAAAAAUAAAAAAUGGAGGGGAUGAUGAUGGAACAGGGCAGCAAAUUCCUGAAUGUGGGACUCCUGCUGCUGGCCACCCUGUUGGUCGCAAAACUCGUAUCCGCAUUGAUAGUCCCCAGAUCCAACAAACGCCUUCCCCCCGCCGUCAAGGGCUGGCCCCUCUUUGGAGGCCUCUUCCGCUUCUUGAGGGGACCCGUGGACUUGCUCAGGGAGGAAUACCCUAAGCUCGGCAGCGUCUUUACCCUCAAACUUCUCAGCAAGAACAUCACUUUCUUCAUCGGCCCCGAGGUUUCUGCCCAUUUCUUCAAGGCCCCCGAAUCCGAUCUCAGCCAGCAGGAGGUCUACCAGUUCAACGUCCCUACUUUUGGGCCCGGCGUUGUAUUCGAUGUCGACUAUUCCAUCAGGCAAGAGCAGUUCAGGUUCUUCACCGAGUCCCUCAGAGUCACCAAGUUGAAGGGCUAUGUGGAUCAGAUGGUUUUCGAAACUCAGGAUUAUUUCUCAAAAUGGGGAGACAGCGGCAAAGUGGACUUGAAAUAUGAACUGGAGCACCUAAUUAUUCUGACUGCAAGUAGAUGCCUUUUGGGAGAAGAGGUACGCAACAAGCUAUUUGAUGAUGUCUCUGCUCUCUUCCAUGACCUCGACAACGGUAUGCUCCCCAUCAGUGUCAUCUAUCCAUAUCUGCCAAUACCUGCCCAUCACCGUCGUGACAAGGCUCGCAAGAAGCUUGCAGCAAUCUUUGCCAGCAUAAUUGCUUCUCGUAGACAAAGUGGGAAGACACAGAAUGAUAUGUUACAGUGCUUUAUGGACUCCAAAUACAAAGAUGGACGCCCAACAACUGAAGCUGAGGUCACUGGCCUGCUCAUUGCUGCCCUUUUUGCAGGCCAGCACACCAGUUCCAUCACCUCCACUUGGACUGGGGCUUACCUCCUCUGCAACAAGAAAUACAUGUCGCAAGUCUUGGAUGAGCAGAAGAAUCUGAUGAAGAAGCAUGGAGAUAAGGUUGAUCAUGACAUCUUAUCUGACAUGGAAGUCCUCUACCAUUGCGUAAAAGAAGCUCUAAGACUCCACCCUCCUUUGGUAAUGCUGCUACGCAGCUCGCACACUGAUUUCAGUGUCACUACCAAGGAUGGAAAAGAGUAUGAUAUUCCCAAGGGCCAUAUAGUUGCCACAUCUCCUGCUUUCGCCAAUCGCCUCCCACAUGUUUACAAAGAUCCUGACACUUAUGACCCUGACAGAUUUGCUCCAGGAAGAGAUGAAGACAAGGUGGCAGGAGCAUUCUCUUAUAUAUCUUUCGGUGGUGGCAGGCAUGGAUGUCUAGGAGAGCCAUUUGCAUAUUUACAAAUAAAAGCAAUCUGGAGCCACUUGUUGAGAAACUUUGAAUUGGAAUUGAUCUCACCUUUUCCGGAGAUAGACUGGAAUGCCAUGGUUGUGGGUGUGAAAGGCAAAGUCAUGGUACGGUACAAGCGCCGACAGAUUCCAGUGGAUUAAGUGAACACUUUCUGCUCAAAUUUGCUUUGUGUUAAGCUCUUCUUAGGCUGCCAGUUUUCCCUUUAGCUGAAAUGGUUUGAAAGCUUGUUUCACUCCUUCAAUGACUCACCAUCUUAGGUCUUUCGAAGAAAGUGGCAGUCAUGAGUCUAUCAUUGUUUUCUGGAGACAUUAAACUUCUCUGUCUUGUGUCCUCCUGAUAUCUGUAAUCAAUGCAGGAUCGCAUUUCUGCUGCUGGACAAGGUUUUCUCCUGAAUGUUUUGUAUCUUUAUUAGUGGUGAAAUGAUUCUAUUAAUCCAGUUCUAAUAGCAAUAACUUGAAUAAUCUGGA